AAUUUUUGAGGUUAUGGAUGUUGUCAAAGAUCAAUCAAGUUCAAGUGCCAAAUGAAUUGGCAAAACAAUGAAUUUUGAACUUUUUAACAUGUAAUUUUAGUCGUAAUUACUUUGAAAUCCAUAUAACCUAGCAAUAAACAAUGUGGUUUUUAACUGUAGUCAGUUAUCUAGCCAUCCUAGUUCAAAUAAUUUUCAUCACGAUUGCAAUAGCUGCUGGACUCUACUAUCUUGCCGAACUCGUUGAAGAAUAUACUACAAUAGCAAAAAAAAUCAUAUGGUGGAUGAACACGGUAAUCCCUUGCAAGACUAACGUUUUGUCAAUUUUCUAUGAAUCUUUACUUUCAGAGCAUCUUUGCACUUUAUCUCUUACUAUGGAUAUUCGAGAACUUCCCUUUAUCAAUGAUUCUGUUUGGAAUAGCAGAACAGCUGACACACUAUGUAAUACUGACUAACUUCCCAUUUGUGGCAUUCUCAUCCAUUGGAUUUGUAGCAUCAGUGCUUUUUGUUGUGAUAAAUCACUACCUUGCAUUCAGCUAUUUUGCUACAGUUUAUCAUCCAUUCUCUGAGGUAAUAGCAUUCUUCACGCUGUUUUUGUGGUUAGUGCCAUUUGCAUUAUUUGUGUCAUUAUCAGCCAAUGACAAUGUGUUGCCAACUACAACAGAUAGAAUUGAUGGUGAUGUGGUCUCGAACUAUUUCUCAAAAAGAAACAAAAAGUAUGGACUGCUGACAUUCUUCAAUUAUGCCAAGGAGUCAUUGUUACCUAUGAGAACAAAAAAGGGAUUUUGAAUCAAACACUGUGUAUAGUUUAAGCCAACUAUUUAUUUUUUAUAAUUAAAAUAAUUUAACUAAAAAGAUAUUCUGUUCUUAGAACUGAUUUGUAAAAACAGACUUUAUAAUGUAUAAAAAUACAAAUAAAACUUCCAUUCUUAGUUCAUGAAAAUCAGCUUUCAUGUAAGUAC